CCGCGCUCGCGGGCCACUCUCCGCGGCGUCCGAGCCCCGCGCGCUCCUCUCCUCCGCGCCGCCACCGUCGAGAUGCUGCGCUGCGGCCUGGCCUGCGAGCGCUGCAGGUGGAUCCUGCCCCUGCUGCUGCUCAGCGCCAUCGCCUUCGACAUUAUCGCGCUGGCCGGCCGCGGCUGGCUGCAGUCGAGCGGGCACAUCCAGACGUCCUCGCUGUGGUGGCGAUGCUUCCAUGAGGGCGGCGGCAGCGGGUCCCACGAGGAGGGCUGCCAGAGCCUCAUGGAGUAUGCGUGGGGAAGGGCAGCGGCUGCCAUGCUCUUCUGUGGCUUUAUCAUCCUGGUGAUCUGUUUCAUCCUGUCCUUCUUUGCCCUCUGCGGACCCCAGAUGCUCGUCUUUCUGAGAGUGAUUGGAGGCCUCCUGGCCAUGGCUGGUAAGACUAAGUCAGCGGUUCUUCAUUUGUACCUUCAGUAGACAUCACGAUAGCACUGUCCAACCCACAAUCCUUGAUAAUUACACUUUCGGAUCUGUUGUCAGAAAAUGCGUCACCACGGGCAGAAGUAACAGAGACAUGUGCUUUGAGGUCUAGGUCCCUUCCCUCCUGUGUCUCAGAUGGUACCUCGUGUUUCCCAUCCAUGCUGCAUGCUGCUGUCUCUUAUAGGUGACCCCACAUCCAGCGACACCCCUACUUUGAGGGACCAGGGCUGAGACAGGGCUGACUCGGUGCCCUGUUUCCAUAGUGGCCCCAGUGCUGGCCUCCUGAGAGCCCCCUUGCUGAGGGGGCUGCAAUGUCCCUGAGCCAUUUUACUUAUGGAAGGAGUGUUACAGUCUUAUGAUGUGGCGGGCCAUAGAAAGGUUUUCUGCAGUGCGACAGGAGACCCUAGGAGGGGCCAGGUCCGGAACUGCCUUUUUGUAUCAUAGAGCUGAUUCUGCGGGACGGGGGAUUUAGUGAUGCAGGUGGGUGUGGUCAGAGUGAACAUUUAUUAAUGGAAUGCAAGAACUAGGGAUCUAGGAGCACAGCCGGCAGGCACCGCUUGGUGUAGACUAGUGUCUUAAUGUUACAGAGUGAAAAUGUGUUCCUACCCUAUGACAUGGCAAAAGAAUGCAGAACACAACACAGCAUGUGUAUGCUCAUUAUAGCUUCAUGGAGUUACGCAUGUUCAUUGAGAAAGAAUAUAGAAGUCGAUUUAAUCAAGUUCUUAUUUUUUAAAGUUGCUUAAAAUGUUAAUAUGAUUAAUAGUAAUUGUAAGAAGAUGACUCUUACGCCAAAGAGUUUAGAAGUCUUCUCGACCUGUGUUUUCUUUCUUAUCUCCUCCUUACACUUCCCCAUGGCAGUAGGACUAUUCCCCUCCUGUUUCUGUUCCCCCAGCCUGGAAUGCUGUUCCCUCUGACCUCCA